UUCGAUGCUGACUUGUCUAUCGAAGGUAAAACUACAAAUUCUUCGAUACACUUCUACAUUGGCAGGUAUAAAAUUAAUGACGGCAUUGGCAGAAAUUGAAUCGAAAUUAUCUGUAAAUUGUAAUUAUGCCAUACGUCAAGUCGAGGCAGAAGAAGCGAAAGAUUUGGGAAGGCAAAUGCCUGACCGAUUAGAAACACUCAUUGAAAAGCGAGAUGAAUUACUUGAAAACCAAGAGGAAUUGCAAAAGAUGAUCAAGAGUAUAUUCAAAUAUAUUUUUACACAUCGUUACAAAGACUUCGACCCAGAUAUUCGUGCGAACUGUUUAGCUGAACUAGGCAUCUGGCUGAAUACUUUUCAUUCACAAUUUCUGGAUGAUGCUCAUUUGAAAUUCAUUGGUUUUUCACUUUUCGACAAG